AAUGCAUCCAAAACGGGUUGUGCUCGGCAUCUGGUUCCAACCCCAGAUUGCUUAGGCCCUUGGCAGCACUUUCGCCCGCGGUGGAUUUGUAGCCCGCCGUGGGGCUUGUACGCAAUGGAAAGCCACAUUAUCCAUGGGAGGGGUUUGAUUAUGAGGGACUAUCAUUAUUGCGUGGGGUGACAUCGCGCACCCUCCGCAUGAAACCCUUGAUGUAAGACGCGAAGACGAUGGCAGGGGGGCAAGCUCGACCAAGCGGCCGUGAACUUUAUAAGUAGAGUCAACAUCCCUUGCUCCAACACGAAGCCCGCCCAUUAAAAACAAAGCUUUCUUGUUUCAACAAAAAGUUGCCAUGUCUUCACACAACGAGCCUGCUGAGCCCGUCGCAGAGGGCGUCUGGGCUGUUGCAAAGCAGUCCUGGGUUGAUCUCUUUAGAUGGCGGCAGCGUGUCGAAAUAGUUAACGAGCACGACGAGAAGCGUGCGGAAUGGCAAGACCCCGAGCCCUUCCAAAACCCCAUCAAACUUUUUAUGUUGCUGAGUGCGCGGGACUGGCUAUUCUUUCUCGUCGGCCUUGGGGCCUGGACUGCGGAUGCGUUUGACUUCCACGCGCUAUCCAUCCAGCAGGUGAAGCUUGCCGACUACUACGGGAAGACCAAGACAGAUAUAUCCACUGCGAUUACUCUGACGUUACUACUGAGAAGUGUGGGAGCGGCAUUCUUCGGUCUCGCGGGUGACAGAUGGGGUCGUAAAUGGCCCAUGGUCGUCAACAUGAUCGUGCUUGGAGUCCUCCAGAUUGCAACAAUCUACAGUGGCACUUUCCAGCAGUUCCUGGCAGUGAGAAGUUUGUUCGGUCUGUUCAUGGGUGGUGUAUAUGGAAACGCCAUCGCCAUGGCUUUGGAACACUGCCCUGUCAGUGCCCGUGGUCUCAUGUCUGGGAUCCUCCAGCAAGGAUACUCCCUCGGAUAUGUCUUUGCCGCAUGUGCCAACUUGGGAGUUGGGGGAGAAACCGAAAGCUACAAGACAGUGUUUUGGAUUGCCGCUGGAAUCUCGAUUGGCAUUGGUCUAAUUCGUGUACUCUUCCCCGAGUCGAAACAAUUUCUUGAGGCAAAGGCGGCAGGCAAACAGUCAGUUAGUGCUGGAGAGUUUUGGAGAGAGACAAAACACAUGGUUGGCCGAGAAUGGAAGAUUUCGUUUUACUGCAUUCUCCUGAUGACUUGGUUCAACUAUUAUUCCCACAUGUCUCAAGACUCUUACACUACGUUCAUGUUGACCCAGAAGGAACUGGCAAAUGACGGUGCUUCUCGUGCGUCGAUCAUCAUGAAGACUGGCGCCUGUGUUGGUGGUACCAUCAUUGGAUAUCUAUCCCAAUUUGUUGGACGUCGCCGUGCUAUUAUUGUUGCGGCUUUCAUAUCCGGUGUACUCAUCCCUGCCUGGAUCCUCCCCACGACCGAGAGAUCCCUCAGCGCAACCGGGUUCUUUCUCCAAUUCUUCGUGCAGGGUGCUUGGGGUGUCAUUCCCAUUCAUUUGAACGAGCUCUCCCCACCUGCCUUCCGAUCUCUGUUCCCAGGUCUUACCUACCAGGUCGGAAAUAUGAUCUCCUCCCCAUCAGCACAGAUUGUCAACGCUGUCGCAGAAAAGACAUUUAUCUCAAGUCCGUCUGGAACACGUGUUGAGGCCUACGGCCCUACCAUGGGCGUAUGUACUGCAAUUAUCGCUACCGGAAUCAUGGUGACAGCCGCCUUCGGACCGGAGAAGCGUGGUCGCCGCUUCGAGACCGCUGUCGUGGGUGUUCAGGAGGAGCUGCAGACAAAGACCGUGGAAGACCCUGAGAAGGGGGACUGCGAGCCGGCCGACGAAAACAUUGAGCGCGCAUCCAAGAAUUAGGCUUCUCUUUCACCCAUUCAUGACAGGUAAUAUGGUAUAUGAUGAAACGAUGGUGGACGAUUUGACAUAUGGUUGAGCGAUCUUGAUUAUGAGAUGAAGAUUAGUGAUUUUGCAGCAAUUUCCUCGAUAGUUUGCAAUUGAAGGAGAAGUCGCGGACUCUUCAUUUUUUCUCAUAAACACUAAUCAUAUCAGACCCCUUCCCAACCUCAUACGUUCUUUUUGGUUUCAUAUACACCCGCCUUGUAA